CCUUGUCUCUGGCAUUUUCUAUAUAAACCCUAGCUUCACUUCUUUUCCUCCACACCAAAUAACGAAGUUUUUUAAGUUUCUAGAUAUAGCACAAGAUGGCUUCAAGUUCUAGGGUUUUUCUUUUUGUGCUUGUUGGUGCUCUUGUUUGUAGUAGCAUUGAUGCAAGGAAGCUUGGGAGUGACAAGGGUUUAAGAGAUGAGAAGAAUUUCUAUCAUCGUCCAGGGUUCGGUGGAGGUGCAGGAGGAGGUGGUGGUUUUGGUGGUGGUGGUGGUAGUGGUGGAGGGUUAGGUGGUGGUUCAGGAAGCGGAUUUGGUGCCGGUGCUGGUGGUGGUUCUGGAGGAGGACUUGGAGGUGGAGGUGGUUUUGGUGGUGGUGGCGGCGGUGGAUUCGGUGGAGGAAGUGGUGUUGGUGGAGGAUCAGGGUUUGGAGGAGGAUCAGGAUUCGGAGGUGGAGCCGGUGCUGGUAGUGGACUCGGAGGAGGUGGUGGAGGAGGAUUUGGAGGCGGUGGUGGUGGUGGACUUGGUGGUGCCGGAUCCGGUGGAGGAUUUGGUGGUGGAGCUGGUGGAGGAGUUGGAGGUGGAUUUCCAUGAAAUAAAGAAGAAAAUUAAUGAUUGUUAUUUUGCAUGCUUUUGAUAUUAAUAGCAUGUGUUUUUAUGUGUUUCACGUGUUUUCAUUUUUCAUCUGUAAUUUGCUUCAAGCAUAUUCGUUUGUGUUUCUUAAUUACUCAUUAAAUGGAAAUAAGUUAAUUGUUUAUUAUA